AUGGCAUCUACUUUUCCUCUUUUAAGUGAGAUUGCAUUUGAUUAUAUGUGGUUACCUAUUUCUUCUUGUGCUGUAGAAUGGAGUUUUUCAGUUUACAAUAAUAUUCUUAGUGAUAAUAGACAAAAUUUAAGUACUGAAUCACUUAAGAUAUUAAAUAUGAUCACCUCAACAUUGGAUUGGUGUGAAGAAAAUUAUAAAGAUCACAAAUGUAUUGCCGAAUUUAUUAAUACUUUAACGAAUAUUCUUUUUAUCGGUUUGGCAUUGUUCGGAGUAUAUAAUACUGCAAAACAAAGAUUGGAGAAACGAUUUAUAGUAGCUUAUGGUGGUAUCGCUUUGAUCGGUAUUGGAUCUUGGAUGUUUCAUAUGACAUUAUUAUAUCAAUUUCAGUUAUUAGAUGAACUUCCAAUGCAAUACGCGACAUGUAUAUUAGCGUAUAACAUUUUCGAAACAGGAUCUAAAACGAAAUAUGGAAUAUACCUUCCAUUAGGUUUAUUAACUUAUGCUAUUGGCGUCACAACAAUUUACUUGCGCAUAGUGAAUCCUGUCUUUCAUCAAGUUACUUAUGGAAUAUUGGUUACAAUAAUAAAUGUCAGAUCAUAUUAUUUACUUGGUUUUAUUCCUAAAGGUAAAACUCAUAAAACUUUAAAAGAUCUUUUAUUUGUUGCCUGGACAAUAUUUGGAACAGGUUUCGUAUUUUGGAAUAUUGAUAAUAUAGCAUGUGAUAAUUUAAGAUUAAUUCGUGCCAAAAUAGGGAAGCCAUUUGGUUAUUUAAUGGAAUUUCAUGGAUGGUGGCAUAUUUGUACCGCAAUUGGUGGUUAUUAUUGGAUUGUGUUUAAUCAAUAUUUGAGAGUUUUAUUGUUGGGUGACAUAAGUAAUUGGAAAUUGAAAUGGGGAUUCUUUGAUAGGAUUCCUUAUUUAAAUAUUCAAAAUAAUAGUUAUUUUAGAAGGAAUUAUCAUACUGAUACGACAAAAUUACCAAAUAAAGUACCAUUUAUAAUAACUCAAGAAGGUAAAGGAAUUCAAUCACCACAACCAAUAAUUGGAACUUCAAUUACAGAGAUCGAACAAACUGUUGAUUCAAAAUAUGGAAAAAAGUAUAAAUUAAAAUGGCCAACUCCACCUCAAAAUGUGUUAAUUAUUAAGAAACCAAAUACGACAUUUACGGCAGAUAGGACAUUCGUUGAAGUCAUCGAAUGGUUACAUGAAACUUAUCCCAAUUUAAAUAUAAUUAUUGAAUCUGAGGUUGCAGAAAAAUUUAGAGAACUUAGAGAAUUUGCAUAUGCUGUGUCAAAAGUGGAUUUUAUAAUAACAUUAGGUGGAGAUGGAACAAUUUUACACACUUCAUCACUCUUUGAUCAAGCUGUUCCACCAGUGAUUUCUUUCUCAAUGGGAACUUUGGGAUUUUUAUUACAAUUUCAUAUCGAACAUUAUCAACAAGCAAUAUCCGAUUUGAUUAAAGGAGAUGUUUCAUUAUUACUUCGUAUGAGAUUAGCUUGUUCUCUAUGGACUGCAGAAAGUAAACGAUUGGAUAUUGGAGAUUUAGUAGAUUUACAAGCCAUGAAUGAAGUUAGUUUACAUAGAGGAAGAUUUCCAAAUUUAGCAGUUAUUAAUUGUUUUGUUGAUGAUGAGUUUUUAACAGAAGCUGUGGCAGAUGGGUUGGUAGUUGCUACACCUACUGGAUCAACUGCAUAUUCAUUAUCAGCAGGAGGUCCAAUAGUUCAUCCUUCAGUUCAAAGUCUUUUGAUUACACCAAUUUGUCCAAGAUCAUUAUCAUUUAGACCUGCUUUAAUUCCACCUACUGCUAAAGUAAAAUUGGAGAUUUGUGGAGAAAGUAGACUCACAGAAGUAACCAUUGAUGGUAAAAAAAUAUGUAUGUUAAGUCAAGGAGAUUUCUUGGAGGUAAAAAUGUCAUCAUAUCCAAUACCAUGUGUAAAUAGAAUUGAUAAAGGUAUAGCUUGGGUUAAAGAUAUUAAUAAUUUAUUAAAGUGGAAUCAAAGUUUUGUGAAUAAAAAACAUCUUAUUCAUGAAUUAUUUGAAACUUGA